GAGUCACGAUUUUGUUUUAUCUCAGACUGGAGUCGCGUAGUUUCUGUGAGGUGUUGUGUUUAUCGUCGCCGUGCAAGAUUGAAAGGUCAAAGUGAUGAACGCAAUUUACAAACAAUGCAUCGGACAUGCGCGGCGGCCGGCGGCCGGCGGACGAGGGACUAGCAAUGCGCGCCGUCGCCGUAUCACGCGUUCUCUAUUUAUAUCGACGACUUCACUCCCCGCGGUGUAUCUGCACUCACGCAAGCGCAUUGCGCGCCUGAAACGCCGAAAGUGAAAAUUGCACAUCAUGGUUUCGCUCGGUGUAAGGCGCCGUGUUACAGGACUCGCCGCUCGCUAAUUAGCAGCGCGAGGACGAGGCAGCCGCCGCAGUGUCCGCUGCGUUACGAGAAUGGCCGAUGCCUGCAUGGCACCGCUGCCCUCCGACACUGCGGUACUCGUACGUCACAUGUCAGCUGAGUCGCCGGUAAGAGGCUCGCACUCGUGACGUCGCUCGUGGUCAGUGAAUCUCAGGACGCUGGAGGCAACCAUGGCGUCCACCAUGCAACUCGAGUUUACGCAGGCGAUGACCGACUUCAAAACAAUGUUCCCGGACAUGGACGAUGACGUUAUCGAAGCGGUGCUUCGCGCUAAUCAGGGCGCAGUGGACGCGACCAUCGACCAGCUGCUAGCGAUGAGCACCGACAAUCAGAACGAGAGGCUUCGGCUGGAGAUGGAGCGCGUGGAGAGCAGUUCUCCGUCUCGGCGCAAGGAGCGACGUAUUAUCUCUCGAGCCGCUGAAAACGGCGAAGACAAUGAUACUACGGCGCUUGUAAACACCGAUGACGACUCUGUCCCGCUGUCUGUUAGAAGAAAAUGGGUUCCAAGGAUGCUGGGGCCUCUACCACCGAUGUUCCUACGUAUACCUCCCGGCACAGACGCAAGAAUCGAUCUAAGUUUAGAAAUGGAUGACGAUCGUAUUGCAACUUUUCUGCAGAACGAGGAAUUCAUGGCAGAGCUGCGGUGGAAUCAAGAGUUCAUUGCCGCAUUAGAUAGCGAGCAAGGAAAUAAAACCAAAUGCCACGAUGACGAAGCGGCAUUUAAGGAGAGGCUAAAAAAUAUGGGUAAAAUGUCUCGCAAGAAAUUCGCUCAACUAUCCCGGAUGUUCUCACGGGGCGGGUCGCGGCGUAGUGGCAACGCCCGCGCGCCCUCCCGAGGACCUCCCGAUAGCCUGCUAUUACAAGAGGAACACAGCGAUGACGACGACCGACCACACACACAGAAUAUUAAAAUAUAACCUACGUAUCCGCAAACACUGUGGAUACUUUACCAUCCAACCACGACUUUGACAGCGCGUGAACGAGUAUGAGCGAGUACGGUGCCGCCCACGAUAUAAAGUGGCGUUUCCAGUGCUGACAUUAUGGUUUGUACUGCGAUAUAAGCUACGCUGAUAGCGAAAAAGUUGUGGGCAGGCCGUCAUAUCUGAACAACUACGAGUAUUUUGUCACUGUGCGCAGAACUAGUGGAGAUCUUAAACUGUCGUAGCUAAAGCCUGUUUGUUGUUGUAGCCUGUGCAGUUGUGGGAUCGCUGUACAGAUGAUUGCUAAAGAAGUGUGGACUGCGCAGUACCUACCUGCUGUGCAAUUAAGCUAUGUACUUUGAUAAUAUCCUUGAUAAUAUAGAGAUAUUAUCAAAAUGCUAUGUUUUCUACAUCGCCACGCUUAAGUAAAAAAGACUUUUAUCGAAAGGCCUUAUAGGAGUUGCACAAGGUUUCGCAUAAGACUGGGAUUGUUUAGAUAAGGUUGCAUUAGUUUGUUGUUGUUGGACGCUUUUACGGAAAAAAACUUAGAUAAAUACCUAACGUUUUUUUAACUAUAAUUUAUUGUUUUGUAAAUGUAAAGCCGUCUUCAAAAUAGAUAUGGCUAAGUUAAAUAUGCGAAAAGAAAGUCUUAUUACAUUAGGUUAAUUUUCGUAAAUUAUACAGAUAAAACAUGAAAACCAAAUGCAAUUUAACAUGGAACUGCAUUUGUUUUCCAAGUUUUACCUCAACUACACCCUUAAUUAAGUACAUUAGACUAUACUAUACUAAUAUUCCGCUAUACAGUUUAGCAUAAUAUAGUGUCUUAUACUAUUUAACCCCCUUAGGGGAUGAAUUUUCAAUAACUCUUUUUUAAGUACUCAGCUACGACCACUACGACAUAUAAGGAACUCCUGCUUUCAGACCCACUUUUUAGAAUGUGCAUGUUUUCUACAGGGAGCAUGAACAGAGCAGGUUACCUAUACAGCUCUAACACUGGGUCCUGAAAUGUUGCCGAUGGGAAAUCUUAUCAAGUGCACGGUUAAUGAA